AAAUAGCUCUAUAAGUGGAAACUCAUUUUCAAAUUGCCAACCGCAAAAUUACGUAGCAGUGGCGCAUGAACUGCGAGGGUAAAUGUGACUGUCGGUAAGGCAUCACCACAGAGUACGUGCCAUUCGAUUCGCAAGACGGUUUGCAAUUUUUCUAGGGCUCCGGGAAUAUUCUAAAAACGAUUUUUUCGUGUUCGCUUUUUCUCGGUUCCUCCCCAUCCUAAAACACAAAGCCCCACAGUCCAAUUAGGUACCUUCUGGGUGGCAAUGCCUUACCGACAGGGACGUUCACCACCGUCGCUCAUGUGCUACCGUUACGAAAUUUCGCGGUUGAAACGGCGCCAUAGACGUCAGCAAUCUCCCCUUUAAGCCUUGACUGACGUUUUCGAGACUUAUUUGGAGUUUUCGAGUGAAAAACAAAUAUUCUGAUAAACAAUGGCCGAUCCUGAGCUUGAGGCACUUCGUAAGCAGCGGCUGGCACAAUUGCAGAUGCAACAAAGGGGAGGUGACAAUGCCAAAAGUCAUGAAGCACAACAAGAGAAGCAGCGUCAGAUGGAGGACAUGAGGAAUUCGAUCCUAACACAGGUCCUCGACCAAUCAGCGAGAGCUAGAUUGAACACAUUGUCCUUGGGAAAACCAGAGAAAGCCAAAAUGGUGGAAGGAAUAUUGCUUGGUAUGGCACAAAGAGGACAACUUCCUGGAAAAAUGGGAGAAAAGGAGCUCAUAGGCCUUUUGGAGAGUGUGAAUCAACAGACCCAAAAGCAAACGAUAGUCAAGGUAUUCCUUUUACUCGUCUUCAAUUCAAUCCAGCGCAGUCUCUUCAAAUUUGUCAAUAAACUCCAGAUUCAUUGAAGAUAAUUACAUAUUUGAUCGACGAAGAGCAGCACUGGACUCUGACGACGACGAUUUGGAGUAGUAGCUCCCCGCAACCUUAAAUUGUAAGGACUUCAAAAUGAUGAAAUGCUUUUUAAACCGCCUACAUUAUAUUAUUUCUUCCUUUUAUUAAAUUUCAAUUACUCAAUUCACGUCACAAAUUACAAAUCGAUAAAGAUACAAAUACUCUAACCAUAAACGAAUCUUUUUCAAUCACAACUUUUAUAGACUUAUUUUUCCAAUGAAACAUAUACUCAAUUCUUAUGAAAAUUUAAAUCUAAUGGAGUCGACCAAUUCUAGUCGUCGAAGACAUGCAGAUAGACUCAAGUGGAAUGCAUAAAUACUCGCAAAGAGAAACAAAUAUAUUAGAUAAAUAUUUCAAUAAUUCACAUUCAUACAGUUUCACGAUUUCUUAAUGUCUUCAAAAAAAUGCAAAGGAAAUUUUAUUCCAUUGUGAAGCAAAAAAAAGGGCAUCAAUACAGUAAGAGGGUUGUAGAAAGUUCAAGUCAAUGUGCCUUGAAAUUAUCUGCGUAAUGAAUGAUUUUUGGAGCGAAAAAAUCAUAAGAGAUUCGCAUUAUCUCUUGAAACCCGCCAUUCUCAUGAUGCACAGCAUGAGGUAUUCCAUAUCAAGUUAAAUUGAAUGAAAAGUACGUUGGGCAGUGGGUUAAAAGUAUUAGAGGUGUAUUAGGAGAUUAAAGGAAACCAUAAUCUCCGAAACUAAGAAAAUUAAAAACGUUGAGUCAUCGACCCAAAAUUUAUUUAAUAGCAUUUGACUGUCUGUCAAAUUACUGAAGGCUGUCUGAGGCAAUUUUCCAACACUAUUUUCAUCAAAUAACGUCUUACGAGCAACAGCCAAUUAAAAUAAAAUUAAAUAUUAAAUAUAUCUAGGACGAAACUGAAUUGGAAGAUUGCUCAAAGCAUUCGUUUUGAUUAUGAGAAAUUAUUUUAAAACCUAUCAGGAAAACCACACGUGACUAAAUUUUGACUUACGGUUCUCAACCGUAAGCAAAACGCUAUUCAUUUUUAAAACAGUGAAGGCCUCCCAUUGACACACUUGCUAUGGAAAACCUCACACAGGUUUUAUUCCCAAUACCAUACACUUUUAUACCACUCCGCUACUCAAUCCUCAGUAUUGUCAUUGAGAUCGUUCUAAGGAAAAAAUCAAAAACUCCAAUUUCUAACCCUCUUAAUCCUUCUUCAUGUGACUACUGUCUUCCUCCUCCUCUUCUUCCUCAUCCCCAGCAUCGAGAAUAUCCGGGCAGCAGACUCCGUAACAAAUCAACGAGAAAAACAGAGCUGGAAGUCCAAAAAGAACAAUCGUCAAUAUAGGAUUCCCCUUCCACAUCGAACCCAGUGUUGUUCUCAUCUCGAACCACGAUCUGUAGACCUGGACUAGGAUCCCGUUGCCCCCAUAUCUCGGAGCCGUCUCAUUUCUUAUAUUCUCUAAGAACAUUUCAAUGGCAUGUGCAGUUAAUUUGUUUGCAUCAUCGUCUGGUAUAUGGUGAUGAGUUGUACUGGUGUUAAUGACGAUUAAACCUGGCUUUGGCAUUUCCAUCAUUGCGAUACUGUUCACCAGCUCCUGAUUGGCGAUCCAGCCAAACUGAAAGUGAUCGUGAUAUCUCUCUCGUUUUAUCCUUAUUAUAGAUUCAACCAUCUCACGAAACUCCAGCAUAUCUGGAGAUACAUCUUCAACUGCAUUUUCCUCUACAACUGCCAGCACUAAAUACUUAUUUGUUAGAAAUAAUUGGUUUAUGUUCCCUCGAGUGACUUUUGGAAACGUAGAGAAACGUUCUGCAUUCACCCAAUUGUACACUGUGGCAUUGAGCUUCUCGAGGUCACUGUGAUUGUAGCCGGUGAAAUUGUAAUGAACAGUUUCCUUGUAGACGAAGAUCGAAGGAACCUUUUCCACGGGGGCGUGCUUGUCCACAACCGCAGGAUGAGUUUGAUAGAAAAAUGCAUGAGGCUGAAAGGUAUCCGCCGUCCUGUGAUAUAUGUCCCACAGGUGACCCGAUCGUUCCCCCACAUAUAAGAAAUAUAAGCCUUGAGAGCUUUUUAUCAUGUCGAAACUCUCAGUUUUUGUGAUCUCUUGCACUGGAGGACCGGUAAGGCGAAGGGAGAAUUUGACGAUUUCUUCUCGCGUGCGAUCACCAUUGUAUAUAAAUUUCUGCUCUCCUUUCAAA